AUGGAGAUGCCGGACGGGACAACGGACAUUGUCCAUCCCGAAGUUCGCGCCCAUAUCAACAGUCUCGUAUCCGCGCUCGGUGGCACAAGUGCCGACGACGAUGGCCGAUACAAGCUCGGUGACGACGCCCUUGAGGUCCUUCGCGAUUUGAAGAAAUGGAUCCGAUUCUACGACGAGAAGACAAACCGCAUGGACGUUGCACGAUGCAUCGCGGACGCCAACCUCGUCGAGGGCGACCUCCUUCACAUCCUAGCAAGCUGGCCCGAGAACGACACAAACAACAAGUUCAAGGCCCGCGUCGCCCUCGCCUGUUUCGAAAUCAUGGUGCCCCUUACCUGGCCCAUGGAGCGAGAGGCCGAGCGGAUGACGGUCAACCAUCACCGCCACAUGCCUGUCCUCGAGCUCGCGCAAGUAGGCUACAAGCGGGCCAUCAUCAACUUCGACAGUGCUCAGAUCCUCAACACGGCCGUCCGAGCUGCCCUGCCGUCGAUGGCAAUUGCGAUUGGCGACCGUACUCCUCGAGACCAAGGCGUCAUCAAGCUUGUGCUAUUUUUCCUCCGCAACAUAGCCAUGAUCACACCUUCCCCGGGUAUUCAGUACGACGGCGACGAGACGCAGAUAUCCCGAUCGACGACGAUCGAUGCAUUCUCUUUCCAGGACAUCUUUGCGGUGUUGCUGAUGAUCGCCUCCAAUAUGGGAGAAGACUUCCGCACCGAAGACGUAAUUCUCAUGGAAGUCAUAUAUCACCUGGUUAAGCGGGUCGACAUCAAGCAGUUGUUCAUGGACGAACGGCAAUUGAAUAAAUCAAAGGCCCAAGAACUAUCUUCUAUGAUGAGCAAAGAGGCCGCGAUGCGAAAUGCGUACAACCGCAAGGGGCCAACACGUCACAAUCGUUUCGGCACCAUGGUGUGGAUGCAGCGCGACGACGGAAGGGUGUCGACCAUCACCGGCCAGGACGCGCUCGCGGACAGUGCUACACGACAGAAGAAGCUUGAUGAGUCAAAGACGUUCAAGCCACCACGCAGGUCGAGGAAGGAAGAAUUGGAAUCCAAGGACCUCGGCGCCCCUGUCAAGCUCAAUGCGAGAGCCAAUGACCAGCUCCGGAAUUUCGUCGAAGACUUUCUCGAUGCGGGCUUCAACCCUCUGUUCGAGCAUGUCCGCAAAUCACUGGACCGAGAAGCCUCACACGUUCUGUCUUAUCAUCGGAGACAGUUUAUGUACCUCGUCGCCUGGUUCUUGGAGGCAGAACGGAUUCGAAGAAACUCUAAACGAGAAUCCAAGACGCCUGGCACGGCCGAAGAGGUUAGCAGCUUCAACAUCGUGGCCGGCGUGUUGAACCAGCCAAUGUUCGUCACUCUCACGAAGACGAUGCACGAUUCUUGGGAACACAAGGACUGGCCCACCCUGACGGCCGCGAUGCGCUGCUUUACUCAAAUCCUACUCACCGUCCAAGAGAUGACGGAGUCUGGUCACGAGGACGACCAGGAGAUUGCGGAAAACACCUUGAGCCGUCUUUUCUACGAGGAUUCUACGCACGACCUGAUCGCCAAUGUCGUCAGGCAAUACAAGGAGCAGGGCUUCGAGUAUCUUGACAGCGCCACAGAGCUGACACAUCACUUUCUGCGAAUUCUGGAGGCGUACUCGAAGCAAAACGUCGACAUGCAAGUUCGGUCUCGCAAGCGGACCCGACGGAAGAAGAAAGCCGCUGCUCAAGAUUCCACAGGUGUGGAUACCCUCGACGAAGACAAUGACGAUUCUGCAAACGACGAAGCCAACGCCGAGAAGACUUCCAAGGAACGCAAGUUCGACUUCCACCGAUUUGCAUCACGAUUCACGCCCCAGGGAGUCGUCGACACCUUUGUCGCCUUUACCAAGUUCUACCGGGACCUUGACGACUCGCAGCUCAAACGUGCACAUCGUUAUUUCUAUCGUGUUGCUUUCAAGCAAGAAAUGAGCGUGAUGCUAUUCCGGGUCGACAUCGUACACCUCCUCUAUAGUAUGAUCAAGGGGCCGGAGCCUUUGGACAAGAGCUCUACGAUGUACAAGGAAUGGGAAGAGCUCUCGAAGCAAAUUCUCAGGAGAUGCAUGCGCAAGAUUGAGCAACGACCCGAGCUUAUAAUCGAGCUGCUGUUCUCCAAGAUAAACAGCACCGUCUUCUUUCUGGAGUAUGGCUAUGAGAAACAGACAGUCUCGACAUCACAUGCCCGGCCUGCGGCAGAACUCGAGUUUAAGCAUACCGAAGAACGCGAUCGGCAAAUCGCGAUUGUCGUCGGAGCCCUUCUUGACAAGAACCAGGCGGAUCACAUUGCUUGGGUCAAGUCCAUGCUCGAGUCUGUGGAGAGCGAGCGGCGUGCUUGGGCGGCAGCAAACGAAGUUAUACCGUCUGUGGAGCGCACCGAGACUGCCGAAGAUGCGCCAACUGACGAGACGGCCAAUCUUCCCCCUCCAUUCACCGUACGACCGGAUAGUGAUGCCCGUAGAACUGCCUUGUUCAAGAAUGCUCACCUACGCCUUUUCAUGAAGCUUGUGGGUUUCGAACGGCUUGCUCCCACUCUUGAGGAGACUCCACAGUCCUUGUGGAUCCUGCCUGCUCAGGUGACUGCAGAAGAUCUACACGAGAGCCUGGGCUUCAUCAACAAAGCCGAGUUCGACCCGCCUGUCUUCGAGGACGGUCGCGGUGCCGAGGAUCAGCUUCGGCGAAAGAAAGUUGCCCGAAAGCGAGUCGAAUAUGACGACGAUGAGGAUGAAGACCUCGAUGACGGCUUCAUCUUUGAUCCCUUGGGACCUACCGCCCACAAAGCCAUCGACGAGCCUGCAUCCAAGAAGACGAAGCGAAGGCGUCGCAGAAAGGGAAGUGAAGAAGGAGAAGAGCCGAACGAUUCAGAGUUGGAAGAGAAGGCCAAGAAGCGUAGGGAACGCGAAAGGGAAAAGGCGAGGAAGGUCAAGAGCCAGGCGUACGUUCACGCCAGUGACGACGAGACGGACGAGGAGUACGAUCGCGAGUUCUUCCUUCGAGAGGAGGCUCAGCGUUUGCGUUUGGCUCGUAUCGUGGAAAAGGUCACUCUGUCGGAGACCACCAAAAGGCCGCUUGUAGACCUUGAUGACAACGAUGACGAUCUGCUUGACUUGACGAGGGCCACCCAGUCGACUCGAGAGAGUGCCGAUGUAGACAUGGAUGGUGGAAGCGAGGCGGAGCAGGAUGGUAACAACCGCACGCCUUUGACAUCGAGCCCGUCUUCCUCGCAGGGUACGAUGACGAACAAACGGAGACGGCUGUCUCCCGAAGAAGGUGGCCAUGGGCAAAAGGAAGCAAGCGCCGACUCGGAAAAUGACGAGGAGGACGCUCCGGUGACCGCGGCACGCUCGCGGCAGCGCACAAGGGGCGGAUUCGUCAUGGAUAGCAGUGACGAAGAGUGA